GUAAAGCUAAAAGCAAAUCCCAUCUCUGCAAAGUGCAAACAUCGACAACAAUAAUUCUGUUCCUUUUUUUUUUCCGAGAGAGACACACAAACACAAAACCAGAAUUGUUUGAUCAAAACCCACCUAGUAUAUUUUGCUUUGAUUUUGAUUUUGAUUUUGAUUUUCACGAUGUGUUACGGUCAGCACCAAGCUUUUUCUCGGGACAGCCUAAGCUCCUCCACUAGGCAACAACCACCUGCGACUGAAAACAACAACAAUGCGGAGGAUGUUGUGGACAAUCUGAGGGACCGGCUCGCCGACACUGAGGCUCGGCUGGCUCGGGCCAGGGCUCGUGAAGCCGAGCUGAGCCAACGGCUCGAAGAAAUGAAGCGUUUCGUCUCUGUAAUGGAGAUCCUCGAGACUUACCUCAAACGACGAUUCCGUGAGCAUCAAGAACACGUUGAUCGUCUCUUCAAAUCUCUACCCGCAUAAAAAAUAUAUUUAUAUAUUUACUAACCCAAAACAUCCUCUCCUCGGUGAUACUAUCUUUUUUCUUUUAAACCCAUUUAUCAGAUUCGCUUGUCUAUACAUGUUUCUUUGACUAUGUUGUUUGUGAUGUUAUCUAAGAAAUGGUUUCAUAAUUCUAUAAAUAGUUUCUCACUAUCAA